AUGGCGCAAAAGCUUCUCCUUGCGGAGGGUCUUGACCUCCUACGCCGCACGGAGGCCCGGGAGUACGAGGUGGACCGCAGCCAGGCCCGCAUUUGCUCGAGCAACAAGUACCGUCAUGAGCUCUCCCGCCUCGUUCAAGCGUACGGCACCGUCUACCAGGACUACCUGCGCGGGGUGGAGAUCAUCAACUACGUGCGCCGCGCCGCCAUGAGCAGGAAUGGCCCAGAGGAUGGGAGGCUGAUUGAGAUGUGUGAGGGGAAAAUGAAGGCCUACAUGGACCGCUGCGAACUGGUGCGCAAAAAGGAGGAUAACAUUCUGCUCCCGCUGGACCAAAUGAAUCAAGAUGUGACGAACGGGGAGUUUGACUUGGGGGCCCCGUUGUUCGUGCUUAGCGGCGCUCAGUACGCCAUCAAGCACAGUGCGCCCUUCUCCCGCGAGGAGAAGCUGACCGAUGGCUCCUACCUUUUCGUUGUGAAGAAUUUGGACGACUACAGCGUGGCGGCGCCUGAGCUCGUCGUGACGAUUGACAUCGUCCCGCAGCGGGGGCAGCAGCAGCGACUGGAGAAGGUGAUCCCGUGCCAGUGCGGGUGGCGCCGCGUUAUCGGGGUCGUGGCGGCGGCGACGGUUAACGUGUUGAUCCGCUCCAAAGGUUUGCUGCGCGACUCGCACGUGGACGUGGCUCUUUACCGCCUGGAGCCGAAGCGUGCGGCCCCCGCCGAGAUGCAGCCCCCGGGUGUGAUAUCCGACCACCUCAUCGCGCAGCUGCCGAAGCUCACGGAUGACGAGCUGGCCGCGCUCGCCAUUCCAAGCGUUCCCACAGACACGCCGGCGCCGAGGCCCCGCGAGGGCGCCCACCGGCAGGAGGCAGGAAAUAGCAUGGAGGAGCUUCGGGCGCUUAGCGUGCCCUAUGCCCAGCCCAGAGUGACGUUGUCGACGACGGUGCCGGAGCCCAUUGAGGUGAACCCUGCCAACAUGACUUGCGCGGCGCGCAUGCAACGGCUGCGAACGACGUUGAAUGCGUGGCCAAAUUCAAACGUCCUGGCAACGCCGUUGGGUAAAGAACCACUGCUUGUUAUACAGGCCAUGUCUGCGUUGCCGUUCCCCACCGAGCUUGCCGACAAAUAA